GUUUAUUUGAGUGUUAAAACAGUUUAAUUCGCCACUUCAAGUAGAAUGUACCUGUAACAGCAUCGAUCUACACAUUGCAUAAACAGCUACUUUCGAUUUCAGGUUGCGUACGGCGCGGCUGUAUCUGACAGGUAUACACUGUUAACAGAUGCGAUGUGUGCCAUCAAUGUAUCCAAGUGUUUCCGUUACUUUUUCAUGUACUCCCUUACGACCAUUAUAGUGAUGUUGACCUACAGUAUAGGUAUGAAGGAGUGCCCAACACCAUCCAAAGAUUAUCUACAUUUCACAAAGAAUUUGACAGACCUAGACAAUGUCCGGGCCAGACAAUAUAUUUCCCUAGACUGCUGCGCCUCAGGCUUCAAUACCAUCACAUGGUUCUUCAAGAAUAACAAUACCCAAAACUCCUGGAUUCCUUUUCCUUUUCUAUAUCAGGAAUGUGAUGUUACAACAUAUUGUCCACAAUUAUCACCAAGAAACCAGACUCUGCACAUUUUAAAGGCAACAGUAAACUUUGAUGAAGGAACCUAUCUUUGUGUUGCUCAUAAUUCAAGCACGGGGAAAAAUAUUUCACACAAGGAGGACUUAUUUGUGUAUGAUUGUAUUGACAGAGAGAAACCUCUGUCCAUUCCACCCCACAAUGUCCUUACAAAUACUGGACAGAAUGCCACAUUCCAGUGUGCUGCAGAUUUUGGCUGCAAACCUAGCUACGAGAGAGAUGUCAACUGGUAUAUAGGAAUCACCAAUGUACAUGAUAUUGAUAAGCGUUAUAUUGUUACCAAGGACAACAGAGAUUUCCGUUCAGUUGUGCAAGCAAACCUGACAAUUUUGAAUGUACAACAAAAAGACUUUGACCAGACAUUUUCAUGUUGGAUUGAGUCUGAUUAUGACAUAGCAACACCAAAAUUUUUUGUCAAACUACAGAAAAAAUAUGUACAGGUUAAUGUUACAAUUAUCCUAGUUAUUGUGUUACCGUGCCUUUUUUUCAUUGUGAUUAUAACCACAAGUACAAAGGUCGUACACCAUGCUUAUGGGCCGCAGAUAAAGUUCUACUUCAGAUCACGUGGUCUGUUGGGAGGUCUGCCAAAAAUGGGGAAAAAGCAUGAUUUGCACGCCUUGAUAGUCCAUGAUGACACCAGGAAAGAGGACAAUAUUAUUGCUGAGGAAAUCACAAGUAGACUGAGAAAAGAGGGAUAUAAAAUAACUCAAAUAGAGGGUUAUGGUGAAGGAGUAUUUUCACAUUUUGGCUGCAAUUUGGAGCGUUCAGCUGCAGUAAUUAUCAUCGACAUGGAAAAUAAUUCAGAGGACUCUAACAAAUUUCGAGUGUUUAUCGAGUCCAGUCUGAGAAAUAUGACCGAGUCUCUGACUGGAUUUACUAUAAUCCAGCAAAGAGGACUAGAGAAUUCACUAAUGGAUUCUGUAGAAUACAAGGGCCUUAAAAGAUUACAAUGGCCGGGAGAGAACUGUACCGAGAUACAGAAGCAGAGGUUUUUUAAACGGCUUCAGCUGCGUUUACCAAAACCUUUCUGUCACGGUAAACUGGAGGAAACUACACCAUUACUUACUCCCCCGAUAUAGAGAAGCACUCUGCUUAAAAAUCAUACAAUUAUAAUGUACAUUUCAUAUUGUCUUAUAGAGAAAAUCUGAAUAACGUAAAAAGUUUCUGUUUUUUUAAUUUUUUAUCUCCAUUACAGUCUUCACUGAGCUCUUUUAGGUAGAGCAGGCUGCCCAGAAUAUUUUGAAUAUUUUAAAAGAGAAAAGGUUUUUGUUCACCAUCAUAUGGAACACACACUGUCAAACUUCAAUUUGGGCAAAAGUAUAUUUUUUAAGCAUUUGCCGAGUAUCUUUGAGAUUGUAAAAUUCCUUAUCCCACAAUACCAGGUGUUGGGGAGAAUUUAAAUGAAGGAUUAUAGCUAGUUCUCAAAUGUCUGACUUAAUUAAUCAUGUGCACAAUUGAGUUUCAGAAACUUUUUGAUGUGUUGUUGAUUUGUUUACAUGAAAAUUUAUAUAUUAUUAAUAUAUAUAUUUUAAUAUAUUCAAUGAAUUUUACUCUCUUUCAUUUUCUACAAUGACUGAAUGUGAAACUUUUUAAUGUAUAAUAAUUGUUGAUUUGUUUUUUUACAUGAAA